AUGGUUUUGGAUUUUAUUCUUUGGACUCUAAGUGACAACUUGAUCAUGAAAAAUGGUGGUAUCAGAUUAACGAUGGCACUGUUAUGGUAUGUUUUGGCAUGUGCGCUAUCGGUUGCGCAGGCGCAGUCUAACUAUGGAUCACAGGCAAACAACAUCGAGUACCAGGGGGAUGGAUUACCGGAGCAGACUAUUUUAGAUGGAAAGGUCACAAAACUAGAUGAUUUGAGUCCUGUAAUCUUCUUGAAUAGAACGAGAGCAACUUUGAAUUGCGCUGCAGGCUCUAUGCAGAUCGAACUAAAAUUCAACGAGAAGUUCUACGGUAUCGCGUACGCGGAUUUCGAUCGUCAUUCAGCGUGCCAGGUUGCUGGCAAGGGCGCUACGUCCUACAAACUAGAGCUACCUUUGAAGGGAUGCGGUACCAAACAGGACCCACUCAGAGUGUUCACCAACAACAUAGUGGUGCGGUUCCAUCCAGGUCUCGAAAUGGAUGGAGACGAGGUCAUCACCAUCGUGUGCCGUUAUCCGCCACCCAUCGUGCCAGUCUUCAACCCCCUCAUUUACACGCCAGAAGCUAAAGGACCGCUCCCUGCAAAGGCUCCUCUAGCUGGUACCCACAUCCUCAUGAUCAUCUGUGCCAUUCUCUUUCUCACCCUUCUGCUGCUCGGUCUGGGAGUCUCCUACCUGUGCUUGAGGAGACGAGCACUGCCAGCGCCGAGAAGACUCAUCGAUGACUCUUCUGCUUCCAUCAUCAGUAGAGAGAGUAUUCAAGAGGUGAAGAUCCCCCGAGCGCACCCUGUUUACCCAGUAACAGCGGAGAGUGCUAGCGUAGCGUCCGAUACGAUCCCCUCUGACUACCCCUCGGAGACGCCCAGCGAGGCCGAGCAGGUGCACGUCAACCAAGGCUUCAUGAUCGACGAGUAUCAGAGUGAGGGCGCGCCGGCCUUCGACGUACGUGUGCGCGUACAGCGACCGCCUGCUCCACCUUCUCCUGUCUCCACCAUUACUACCACUGAGGUUGAUGGCGGUAGUAUGAGACAAACGACAAUGUUAGACGAACAUGAGCGACAAGAAUCAGUACGAACAGUAUCGCCAGGCGCGUUGCCGCUGCCUGCGAGAGCGGCGCACGCUGUGCCACCGGAGAGGCCGCCGCGACCGCCAGUACUAUACUCCGAGGUUAACAGAGAUCGACAGAAACCGCCUCCACCACCUCCGGUGAUGAAGGAACGUCUAGAGACUGAGGAACAUGAAAUGCUAAUGGAGAGUCUGGAACCCAUGUCUGAAACACCUAUCGUACCUGCUAGGAAACCCGAAAUAACCUCCCACGUGGUAGACGACGUGUUCCUCCGAACGAUAACCGAGAAAAAAACGAUCGAAGACAUCGAGCGCCACAAGCGGCUGGUGACGGAGUACCGGCAGGUGCCCGCGCCGCCGCCGCAGUUCGACGUCACCAUCCGCAACCACACGCUGCCGGACGCGCAGUGGGAGGACUUCUCCGACAUCAGCAGCGCCUCCGGCAUGACGCUGACGCCCAAGAUGGAGAGAGUGCCCAUGUCGCUGCCGCCUCAGAAGUUUAUUGGUAAAGGUGGCCCAGACCUUUUCUCGCCCGAGCUGAUCAAGCAGACAGGUGCGGUGUACCCACCACCAUCCUCUCCUGAUCUACCCCUGUUACCCGAGCUUCCACCCGCCCGCAACCCCCUGUACCGGGAAGAAGAUGAUGAGGAUGUGGCAGAACCGACUCCAGCUCCACCGGUGCCUCCGAACUGGAAUGUACUCACAAGGGUGCUGAGGACUGAAGCACAAGAUGAAGUGCUGAUGGACACAGAGCGCUCGUACCGCCUGACCCGCGAGGAGCGCCUGCGCUGGCGCGAGUUGAUCGCGCACGAGAGCACGCUGCGGCGCGAGCUGGCGCGCUCCUCCACUCGCGAGGACUUCACGCGAGUCGCGCACGAUCAUCGCUUCGCGCCGCUGUAUGCUCCGCCUAAGUGGGAGGUCAUCAUACGCAUUCUGGCUCCCCCUCCGGAUAAGCCUAAGAACCGAUACCGCAAGAAGUCCGAGUGGGAGUCCCGCUCGCGCCGCAGCUCGCUGCCCACGCUGUACGAGUACGACAGCGACGCCACCUCGCUGCGCGACCCGCAGCGCUCGCGCCGCUCCUCCUACCGCAGCGACCACGUCGACAUGAGGUCGAUGUCAGAAAUGAUGGUGGACUACGCGCGCGAACAAGCGGACACGCACUCGGAAGUGUCCGCGGGCACGCUGCUUGGCAGAUAUUACGACGAUGACACCGACUCCGAACAUCAAUAUCAUCAAAAUCCAUCAUGGCGUCACUCGUUGCACCGCUCAGUGAGCCAUCCAUCUCUGGCGCGCUCUGCUACCGAGCUGACGGAGCAGUGGACUGCGCCAGACGGUGACGUCACGCCCACACCAGGUCGGCGGAUCAGAGGAAACCAAGGUGUUACCACUUUUACAUCGUCUGAAGUUCAUACAUUCCAAGCGUCAAGGGAAUGGCGGGAAUAGCAUCAAUGUUUAAAAAGGUUCUAGUAAAAAAAAAAAAAAAAAAUUGACCGCAAAGUUAGAUAAUUCUAAGAAAUACCAGAUAGUGUAGAAAUUUCAUGUCAGCUGAUGGGAAUUUUUGAAAUUGUCUAUUGACUCUAACAAGCGAUAUAUAUGAUAUAAUACAAUUUUUAAGUAAAGAAAAUUGUGACGUCAUCGUAUUGACGAAUACGAUGUAUUGCUGUCUCUUUUACUCUAAAGACUGUCAACUGAUUUUGGCAUGUGUAUGUUGUGUUAUAUCGUAAUAUAGUCGUAUAAUGACACAGUGGAUGAUUGCUGUUUUAAUAUUUAAACAUGUUGCUAAUAUGGAAAGUUUCUAAGUAAAAGUAACAUAAGAUUUGAAAAGCCAAUUAAAGUUAAUACUCGUAUAACAAAAAGAAGUAUAUGAUGCACAAUUUAUAAUUUGGGGCUUAUAAGUCUAGCGGUUUUGUUUGAAAACUGUUUAGUCAAUUUUCUAGAAACUUCAAGAAUUUUUAUAUACUUAGAAACUUCUUAUAUGUAGUGUCCAUUAUAUAAAGGGUAAAUAGAAAUGAUUUUGGAAACGCAUAUAGUACUUUUCUACAUCCUGGUACAUAAUUUUCGUCCCUCUGAAAACAUUAUGAUGUAAUACAUAUCUAAUUAUUUUGCAAUAAAUCACUGCCCUUUAAAAUUAUCACAUAUUGAGUUGUUUUCAUACUAUUUAAUUUGCAAAAUAACUUAAAUUUUAUAAUAAAAA